GAGUUGCGGAGCGGUGAGGAUGGGGAGAGGAAGGGAGUAACAGCAGCGAGAGGGAGUGGGAGGAAGAAAGAGCGAGAGGAUAGGAGGCAGAGCAGCGCAGUGCAGGGGGGGAGAGAGAGCGAUGUACGAAACCUCCACCGCUGCCGAGCCAGAGAGACGACGGCAGCCGGAGAGAGAACACCGACACCGGAGAGGCCCUAGGCUGCUCAGAGGCCGGCCGGCGAGGGGGUGAGAGGCUCCGGAGCUCCACAACCGAGGAGGGAGGAGGGAGGAAAAAGGCAGGGAGAUAAAAUAAUCAGGAUCCAGCAGGGGGAAGAAGAGGAGUGGGUGGGUGGCUGAGAAAAGUUUUGGAGGCAGAGUGGGAGAAGGAGAAGAUCAGAGCGCUGGCGUUCAUGGCAAAGACAGGAGGAGGUUCAUGGAAGAAGAGGGGGAAGUCCUGUUCUCCUUCGUUCUGUGAUUCUGCCGGACACCAUCCAUCACCAUGUUCUCUGACAGCGGGGCUCCGGUAUCUGGGGAGCAGAAAGCCUUCAAGCCCCACGCCCCUCACUUCAUCCCCUGGCUGCGCAGUAGUCUGAAGCCCCACCACAGCAGCGACCUGGGGCUUAACGGACCCUACAAGUCCGGCUCGGAGGCCCGAAACAGCCUGACCCCGCUGGAGAGGGCCAAAGGAAUCGGGUUCUUCUCCAUCCCGGGGAAGGAGCGGGCGAAGAAGGCCGAGCUCCGGUGCAAUGGCGUGGGGAUGGCGAGGAUGCUGCCGGUGGUGCUGAGGGGCCACCACAUCCUGAAGCAGACCAAAGAGCCCAGCGCGGAGAUCAACUCAGGGGACGGACCUCAGGGCAACGCCUCCUCCACCCCUCAGGAGAACCACACCUUGGUGAGGAACCACCUGAGCCUGAGACGCCCGCAGAACAACGGGGCUUCAGGGAGGAAGUAUGGGCCCCUGGUGGGACCUCCACCGGUCCCUCUGCCUGCACUGCUCACCGAGGAGAAAAACUGCAAGGCGCCUGCUCUGAUGGAGGACCGGAGGGGGAAGGCUUGGGAUGGAAACACCUCCUACCACCACAGAGAGCUCCGGUCCUCCAGCUGGCUGAGCUCAGACACUCAGGGACUGAUGGAGAAGCAGCAGAGCUUCAGCUCCAGCUUCAGCUAUAUCAACAAACACCGCAAGAGCUCCCAGAGCCAGAGGGACCUGAGGGAACCACCUGUGGAGGGCUUCACCGGGCCCCUCAAUGGAGUCAUCUUCUCCACAGAGGUUCCCCACAGAGCCCUGGGCUGCACCACGACGCUACGAGGCCCCCGGAGGCCCAACUCAGAGUGGAUCGCCAUCCUGGGCCAGAACCAGACGUGGGUGCAGCCCAGACCCAACAAGGACGGGGAAUCGGUGAAGAAGGAGGCGGGAUGCAGCCGGAAGGUGGUUCAGAACCAGAUUAAACGAGUAGUGGACAAUCUGGAGCAGGUUCUCAAAGCCCUGAGGGACGUUCACCAGGAGAUGAAGGAGGUUGUGCAGCAGAUCGACUAUCUAACAUCGUCCAUCGAUCUGAAUGAAGAGGAGCAGCAGGAGGCCGGAGGAGACGGAGCCAAGCCUCCCAGCGACAGCAGCUACAGUUCAGGUUCCAACUCCAGCGAGGUGACGGUGGGCAGCUCCAUCCAGAGGCCCUCCGAGCCUGAAAACCUGCCAGGAACCAUGGAGUCUUCUGGCUUCCUCUGGAGGAACCAUCCCUGCAGGAGCCAGUCUCCAGUCUUAGCAACUCUAUCGGAGAGGAGUCGGACUCUGCGGUUCACCUGCAGCGUGGGGUCUCCUCCCAGACAGGGUGGGCUGCUGCAGUGCUCCAAUAACCUCCCAUCCCGCGAUCUGUCUCCACAAAGAAGCCUCCCGGUUCGGCCUCCCACUCCCGGUCUCUCGCCUCUCACGGUAAACCUCCAUCCUCCCGGCAGCCCCGGUUCUCAGCCUUCCUCCCCCGCGGCUUCGUCCUCCUCCGUCAGAGUCUCCCCUCUGUCUCCAAAGCCUCACCCACCUCCAGCCCUCAGCCCUUCUGUCAUCAUAGAGACCCCACAAAGCCCUUCUGCUGCCGGCUGCCCACCCACCGACUGGAUCAAAGAGCAGCGAGCGGCGGGACCGCCACACCCGAGCGCCGCCUCUGCAGCCAAACCACCUGCAGCUCAAGGCCGUAGGGGUCGCAAGCCGCCGCCGUACCCCCACCACAGACUCUCCGAACAAACAAAGAAGGCGAAGGAGCCCCGCGAGGCUCCACCGUACCCCGAGAAGAGAAGGCUGCUCUCGACCACAGUGUGAGCAGGAGGGGCGGAGGCCGAUCGAACACAUUCACAGCACCAGCCGCAAGUCUGCAGGAGGGAGGGCGAAUCGAGGCUCGCCGAGCUGAGCCGAGUUUCCAAGGUGAUGGGAUGCAGACGCAACUCGAGGAUCUGGAUGUGAUUAUUUCCACACUUGGCUGAUGACAAUGGGACAAAAGGAAGCAUUUCCUCGAUGCCAGAGGAUCCAGACGGAUGUGAGCAACCAAAAGGUGGUGCGGUUUUGUUCAGAAGUCGGCUCAACUUGUUCCCCUCUGUGGAGAAUCUGCAGUUAAUUACUUCAUGACCUGGAACCAAAAUCUCCAGUAUCGGUACCACUCAAGGGCACGGAGCCAGAGCAGGAGGAGGAAACAUGUGCUCUCGCUAAUGACACGCCUUCAGGACCGUCCUUGCCGGGGGAAGGAGGCGUGUCAAGGUGUGCUUCACUUCACAGACGACCACAUCAGACAAAAGCCACCGAGCUCCAACCGAGUCCGGGCAGUAACCUUCCGCCGAGGAAACUUCACGAGCAAAAGGCAGCAAAACAAUAAAAAAAUAAGUUUUCCAUGCUACCACGUGACUGCGAUGGUUUGUCAAAGUCGGUACACCAGCUGGGAUGCAGCCCGAGCCUUCGUUAGAGCACAAUGCAGCUAAAAAUGAGCAGGUACAUGUGGCGCACAUUAUGGGUCGCCAUGGAAACAUAAGUAUUAUUAGAGGGGGUAAAGCAACAGCGGGGUCCACGGUGCAGGUGGCAGCAUGUUUUAUUCAGCUCCAGUCGGGGCUGCGUGGUCAGGUUCUGUCUGCCAGGUGAUUUUUAUCAACAGUGCGGAGAAUUCUGCAUCAUCAGGCUACAAAAAUCCUGCAGGAGCUUAAUUUGGAAACACUGCUGGUUGACGUUUGGUGGCAAAAACACAACAUUAUUUGUUCCUAAUUUAUUGAUUUAAGCUUUUACAGCAGCUGACUUUUUCUAGACGGGGAAGAAAUAAUCACACUAAACCUGCAACUAUUAAAGGUGGAGUAUGCAAUUGUAGUACAGCACAGCUUUUCUCUAUUACUUUAAGUGCGCAUUAUUUAGAAAAAUAGGGGAAAAAAACUACCACAACUAUCCAUGAACAUCUGUUGUCGCACAGAAAUGUGAAAAAAAAAACCCACAGUAGGAGCUGCACAAUGUUUUACUGGGAUGUGAGAUCACUAUUCCAGUCCAUCCCCCGUCAAUAUAAGAGCUGUUUGCUGGCCUGAGGUCAAUAAGCCUCAUAGAAGUCUUUGCCACGGUGCUCCUUUACUAGCUAAAGCUCUCUGCUAUUCAACACGAAGCUGCCUGCCUCCUCCCAUCGCUACAGUAAACAGUAAUUAGACUCCACCUGUUGACACAACCAGGUACUACAGCUAAUCUAUACUAUUUGAAAUGUCUAUUAUUGAGAGAAAAACUGGACACGACUAAACAAAAACUACCUAGGAACAGCACAACAGACAUCUGUUGUCACAAAGAAAUGUGAAAAAAGCCACGAUGGAAGCUGCACAAUGUUCUACUGGGCUGUAAGAUCACUAUUCCAGUCCAUCCCUGGUCUAUAUAGGAGCUGUUACCUGGCCUGAGGUCAAUAUGCUUUUACUAGCUCCUUUACUAGCUAAACUCCCACAAAACUCUCUGCUAGUCAACACAAAACUGCUUGCCUCCUUCCGUCGCUAAAGUAAAAAGUAACUAGGAUCCACCUGCUGGCACAACCAGGUACUACAGCUAAUCUAUACUACUUGAAGUAUGUAUUACCUAGGAAAAUGGAAAAAAAAAAAUACACAAAAACUGCCCAGGAACAGCAGGAGAAACAUCUGUUGUCACACAGAAACAUGAAAAAAAGCCACAAUGGGAGCUGCACAAUGUUUUAGCGGGUUAUAAGAUCACUAUUCCAGUCGAUCCCUGGUCUAUAUAGGAGCAGUUUGCUGGCCUGACAUCAAUACAUCUCAUUGAAGUCUUUAUCAUGGUACUACUUCAGUAGCUAAAUGUCAACACGAAACUGCCUGCCUCCUCCUGUCGCUACAGUAAACAGUAAUUAGGAUCCCCCUGUUGGCACAACCAGGUACUACAGCUAAUCUGUACUACUAUUUACUACUAUUAUCUGGAAAAAUGUGAGACAGCUGAACAAAAACUGCCCAGGAACAACAUGAGGAACAUCUGUUGUCACACAGAAAUGUGAAAAAAAGCCACAAUGGGAGCUGCACAAUGUUUUCCUGGGAUGUGACAUCACUAUUCCAGGUUAUCCCUGGUCUAUACAGGAGCUGUUAGCUGGCCUGUCGUCAAUAUGCCUCAUAGAAGACUUUAUCUCAGUGCUCCUUUACUAGCUAAACUCCCACAAAGCUCCCUGGUAGUCAACAAGAAGCUGUCUUCCUCCUCCCGUUGCUACAGUAAACAGUAAUCAGGCUCCACCUGUUGGCACAACCAGAUGCUACAGCUAAUCUACACUACUUCAAGUGUGUAUUGUCUAGGAUAAUGGGGAAAAAAUGCACAAAAACUGCCCAGGAACAGCACGAGGAAAAACAACAAAGAUCCCAAGGUGUUGACCCAAACUCCCGAGAUCUCAACCCAACUGAGCAUCCACUGGACAAACCAGAAUGAACAUCACCUAUCAAGACACUAGAAGACCCUAAAGAUCCACUGGGAACAUCCAGGUGCUGGACACCACAGGUCCCAUGUCCAUGCCUCGACCAAUCAGAGCUGUUUUGGCAGCAAGAUGGGACCAACACAAUGUUAGACAGCUGGUUUUAAUGUUGUGGCUGGUUGGUGUUCUCACUCACUACUUUUUAAAAGUUUUAAAUGGGUUUGUGCCGCAAUAUUUAGAAGAAUUCUUGAUUCCUUGCAUCCCAACUAGAGCACUGAGUUCGACCAACCAGAUACUCCUGGAUGUUCAAGAUCCAGGUUUAGAAAAACAGAGGCGAUGAAGCUUUCACAGCAGCAACUUACAAUUUCUGCAACAGUUUUCGUGUACAAACUGCUCGGACUCUAGAAACAUUUAAGCUGAGAAUUGGAAGCUCUAUUGUCAUUGUAACGAAAUUACAAAAUGAUUUACUAAAUGAAAUGUGUUCAAAACUGUCACCCUUUUUUUCUAGAUGAUGACGAAAUAAUUAAUCAACAGAAACUAAACCUGCAAACAUUAAAGGUGGAGCAUGCAAUUCUAUUACAACACAGUUUUUGGCGAAUUCUGCAACUCUUUUGCUAGCUGUCCAUUCUGUGUGUGGGCUAAAAUAAAUCUGGUGUUUGUACAGUCCUGGCUCUGUAAAUGGGAAACAAACCCAGCUGCUUCAUGCGAUCCACACAAUUUUACUCAAGUUUGUCCUGUGCACAAGAAUUAACGUGGGGAAUGGAAGCAGUUGGUGCAAGAUGGAUUGUAAAUCUGGCACAUGCUAACGAGUUAAAGCCCUUUUCAGACAUGAGAUGUGUAACAAUGCGGCUUCAUUAAUCUGUUAAAGUGACGGCAUUCUGUCAUUCAGACGUAAGGUCACUUUAAUGUCCCUGAGGGCUUCAUUCAGACAUGAUAGUUGUCAUUUACAAGACUAGACUGGAUAGUAGUACAACUGAUAUAUAAAACAUAAUAAUGCACUCAUGAACUCAUGAGCAAAGGAUUAAAUGUAAACUAACAGCAGCUUAUCAAAAUGUCAGUCAAGUUUAUUUAUGAUUUCCUGUAAAUUCAGUGUAAAUUCAGUCCAUGUGUGGCAAUAAUCUACCUUCUACUUUACCGACAGUAAAAUUAAAAUUCUCCAACCUGAAGAUGGCUGCUAAUUAACCCUCGUGUCUUCCUGUGGGUCAAAAUUGACCCGUUUCAAAGUUUGAAAACAAAAAAUUUUCACAAUGAAACUUCAGAUGUCCACAUUUUCAACAUUUUGGGGAAAUUUUUGAACAUUUUUUGGUGGAAAGAAAGAAAUGUUAAAAAUGUUUCUUAACCCUCCUGUUGUCUUUAUUUAUGGGCACCAAAAAAUACUGUUUCCUUGUCUGAAAAACAUCCAAAAUUUCAGGUGAUUUUUUUUGUGAAUGUUCUUAAGAAACAUUUUUAACAUUUCUUUUUUUAACCAAAAAAUGUUCAAAGAUUUCCUAAAAAUGUUGAAAAUGUGGACAUCAGAAGUUUCACUGUGAAAACAUUUUUUUCCCCGCAUUUUCAAACUUUAAAACGGGUCAAUUUUGACCCGCAGGACGACACGAGGGUUAGGAACACUGACAAAAAAUUUUUAGAUUUUUUUUGUGAAUGUUCUUAAAGAAAAUAUUAGAAGUUUUACUGAUAUAUAUGUAUUUAUUUUAGAUAUUUUUAGGAUUUUUUGGAAGAUUUUUACUCCAUCCAUCCAUCCAUCCAUUAUCUAUACACCGCUUAAUCCUCACUAGGGUCAUGGGGGGCUGGAGUCUAUCCCAGCUGACUCAGGUGAAGGCAGGGGACACCCUAGACAGGUCACCAGUCUGUCACAGGGCUACAUACAGAGACAAACAAUCACUCUCACAUUCACACCUACGGGCAAUUUAGAAUGAUCAAUUAACCUCAGCAUAUUUUUUGGACUGUGGGAGGAAGCCGGAGUACCCGGAGAAAACCCACGCAUGCACAGGGAGAACAUGCAAACUCCAUGCAGAAAGAUCCCGGGAAAGCCGGGACGCGAACCAGGGAUCUUCUAGCUGCAAGGCGAAAGUGCUAACCACUACACCACUGUGCAGCCCAGAUUUUUACUCAUUUUUUGAAAAUAUUUACAAGAAUUUUCUUGCCAAAUUUGGGGGAUUUUUUUUCUAAAAUAAAACUUUCAAGGGAAACUUUUAAGGAAUUAUUGGAAUUUUCUUCCUGAAGGUUUUGCAAAUUUUCAGAAAUUUGGAGAAUUUUUUGCUGAAUUUUUGGAUUUUUUUCAGACAAGGAAACAAUAUUUUUUGGUGCCCAUAAAUGAAGACAACAGGAGGGUUAAGUAAUGAUUUACCUGAAGCUGAUAAACUGUAAGAAAAGUCUUCUGUAUGACCUUACAUUGGAUAAAUCCUCCUGUUGGGGAUAUUUUAUAAUUAUUGCUAGUUAAUGAAGUUACUGCUGUUGUGUGUAAUGAUCACAUGGAACCUGCAGGUAUUUAAUAAACUCAGAGGAAAUAUUCCUAAACAGCUGGAAGCGACAAACUAAACUUCAGCUCCUGUUGACAUCUACUGAAAAAAAUAACAUUGAGUGUCAUUAAUCUACACAGAAAGUUGGAUUAUUAUGGACAUUUCAGUUUGUGAUGGAUGUCAAAUUGGAGAACAAAUGAGCUGUGGUUUUGGCAGCAAACUGUCUUUUGCUGUCUGUGAUGGUUUUGGUCCAACAUUGGUGCUGAAAUGUGAAAAACAUCUUCCCUAACUCACUUUAAGUACCAUCAAAUAUCAUCACUCGUGCCUGUCUAUCCUCCUAAUGUGACUGAGUGCAGUUCAGGGUUGGAGUGAAAUGUUACUCGGUCCAACCUGGCAAGCUUUCAGUCACAGUUUACAGAAAAUUGAGCAGGAUGUUCAUUCAGACAUGAAGCCGACGUGUUGAGAUGCUGUCAGAUUAACAUAAAGGAGUGCAGGUCUGAAAGGGGCUUUCAUAUGCAAACUAACUGAAUAUCAACUUUCUCCAGUAGCAUGCUUCAUCUUUCUUCACUAAAGGCUUCUACUAAGUAGCACUGCAAGAAACACUUGCUGAAUUUCUGUCUUUUUCAUGAUUGUAAAAUGAAUAUCUUUAGGUUUUGGACAAUUAAUCAGCCAAAAUAUGAAAAUCUAAGAAGUGCACUUGGGCUUGAGGAGGUGGAAAUGUUUGUAAUUUUCAGACUACUUACUAAGAUUUAAUAAAGCAUUUCUUAAACACA